AUCGGACAUAAAUAUCGAUUGGGCCUGUCUUCUACUGAUAUUGAAUUUCUUGGUGUGAGCGAGAAGGAACUAGAUAGAUGUCCAGAAGUGUCGCCAUCACCACCAUCAUUAUCAAAUAUUAAAAGUGAUGUUUAA